AUGAGUGAGUAUGAGAUUACUGAAGAAGAAUUUAAUACAAAUGAAGAGAAAGAUAUUAGCUCCAUACAAAAAGAAACAAUAGUUGAAAAUGAUUUGGCUACAGAACUGAAAAAUACUUUAAAAAUUAAUAUGAUCGAUGAAUCAUUAGAUAUUGGUCCAACUCCAUACAAAGUUGCUAUUAUUGGAAUGAAUGAAUUAGGAUCAGCCACCGCUUUUUUACUUAUUUGUAAACAAGUUGUGACUGAUGUUAUUAUUAUAGAUCGAAAUGAAAAACGAUUAGCUGCUGAAUAUGCUGAUUUAAGUACUUGUACAACAUUUGUUUCAGGUGUUAAUAUACAAGCAAGUACUCAAUUGGCAUCAUGUGAAGGUGCUCGUAUUGUUAUUCUCUGUGAUGCCAAUGAUGAUGAUGAUGAUGAAGAACGAAAGAAUCAAAAUAUUACUCAAUCAUCUUUUCCAAAUGAGAAAAUCUUAUCUAAUUUGAAAACAUUAUCACGAACUAUUAGUUCCUAUGCACCAGAUUGUAUCAUGAUCAUUGGAAUACAACCAUUUGAAGUCAUGACACAAUUAUGUGCUUCUAAUAGUAUGCUACCAUCAUAUCGUAUUAUGGCACCGGGAACAAUGAUUGAUUCUGCUCAUUUUAGAUUAUUAAUUGGAGAAAAAUUAAAUAUAUCACCAGCAAGUAUAACUGGCAUUAUGAUUGGUGGACAUGGACAUAAUAAUAUUCCAUUAUGGAAUUCAAUAACUGUGGGUGGUAUUCAUUUACUUUCAGAAAAUUCAUCAAUAGGAACUUUAAAUGAUAAAGAAAAUUGGAAUCAAUUACAUAUGAAUGUUAAUCAACGACAAGAAGAAAUUAAUAAGAUUAAAGGAACUGAAGUUUGGUCAAUAUCAAUGGCAUCAAGUGAACUUGUUGAAUGUAUUCUUCGAAAUAAACGUGAAAUUCAUACAGUUACUGUUAAUAUUAAGGGUUAUUAUGAUGUUAAAACUGAUCUUUUUCUUUCAAUUCCAGCAAUAAUUAAUCAAAAUGGUGUAUCUCAUUUAAUAACAACAAAUUUCAACUCUCAUUAUCAAAAUGAAAAUGAAUUUUCAAACGUAAUUCAAAAUAUAAAUAAGAUCAUAAAAGAAAAACUAAAUAUGAUUUAA